UGAAUGGAAUCCCGAGGAUUGCCUCUACAACUCGAGUAGAGAAACGUUCGUUAUUGUAUGCUUCAAUAUCGACUCGAUAUCCGAUCCAGAGAUCCUCGAGGGUUUAAUAUUCGGUGCAUUGUGUCGUUAGGAGGUAGCGCUUAAAGAGAUUUGUCAACCGUCUACGAUGUUGCGGGGCCGCAGUAACGUCGAUCGAUGAAAACAUUUAAGCUCAUUUGUUGUUUGGUGGUUGCUCUUAUCACUGCUUCUGGUCUUGUUUCUGUGCAUGGAAAACGUCAGAAACCCAGACAUGAUGAAAUAGAAAGAGUUAUAAAUGAGACACAUUCUGUUAUUUGGAAAUGUACUAAUACAGAAUGCCCUCCUGGAUCUGGAUUAAGUGUGCAAUGUGGCUCCAGUAUUCCAUUUAGAACCCCAUUAACAUGUGUCCCUUGUGUUAAAGGAGUUAGCACCUCUAGUACAUAGGAUUAUUCUACCUGCAGAAGCUGCAGGAAUUGUGGCAAGCAUGAACUUAGGACAGGAGAGUGUACUCCUGAGGAAGACACUACAGAAUGUUUGGGGAUAUGUCAGAGGGGUUACUACAAGAGCAAGAUCAGUGAAGACUGCCAUGCAUGCAGUUACUGUUGUGGUGAAGAUGUAAAAUACCAUGAAGAACAGUGUGAGGACUCUGGACUUCCUUCUAGUAAACAAUGCAGGCAAACCAGUUUCAAGUGUUACCCUCCAACAGAGGCAGAUCAUAAAAGGCAAGAUCACCAACCACAGAAUCAAGGAGGUCUUGGAGCCUUAGAAAUUGUUGCUAUUGCACUUAGUUCUGUAAUAUUUGUCAUUAUAGUUCUAAUUGUUGUAAUUUGGAAGUAUUAUAGCUGGCAGGAUGUCAAAAGUUCCCUUAAAAGGUGUUACUGUUUUUGCUGUAACCUUAUGGGUUCAAACAAUGGUGAGCAUACAUUUUAUUUUGAUGCCAAUGGUCAGUGCCAGGACCAAGACUUGGAAUCGUCUUCUUGUAUGAAUGCAAAUGGAAGUCAUUUGAAAGAAGAUGCCAAAGUACAAGGAACUGUGUCUUCAGAUACAGCAGUGGUGAAAACUAGGACAGUGAAGAAACCAGUAUAUCAACGGCUGCUGUCAGCUCCCACUGAAAUUAAAUCUGACGUUAAGUCAAUGAUGCGUAGGUCUCGCUCCCACCCAGGAUGUCUCAAGGAUCUUGAUAAGCCAAAACAAACAUCAGAUUUGAAGCGUGGCUUCAAAAAGCUUUUCAGUAGUCCAGGAAACAAGAAAGGAUAUGUUCGUGUGGCGACUGAGAUGCCCAUGAAUGAUCAUUUGGCUUCCACAAAUAUUGCCAAAGACAGCUUUCCUGAGCCAGCCUCUAUUGGCCAUGGUGAAUUACCACGAAUCUGUUUGCAGUCUGUUGAUGUUGGGGUCCAAAAACCUGACACAGAAAGAUUGCAAAGGCCUCCUGUUCAAGAUCAGGGCACAUCAACUACAGAGCUUCACCUGCUCCUUGCUGAGCCCCCACAAUUUGCUAAUAUUCCACAAGCCUUCCAGACCAGGCUCUUGAGUGAAACUAUGUCUGCCAUCCCAAUCAGAUUUUAUAAAAAAAUCUGUAUGAAGCUUGACACAUUAUGUCGACUGUCCUGGAAUGAUUUCCGCUUGCUUGCAGAAAAGGUUGGCCUCGACAAAGACACUAUCUCGUGGCUUGAACAGAGGGAUAAUCCAACCGAGUUAAUCCUACAGGAAUUCAAAUCUCAAAAGGAUUGCUCCACUGGACGUUUUAAGGCAAUCCUUGCUGAAAUGGAAAGAAAUGAUGUCGUGACAGUAAUUGAAGAGUGGGUUUUGGAUGAAUGGAGAAAACAAAAAAAAUAAUUUGCCAUCGUCUUCUGUGGAAAGGGACCUAAUUACAAGUUGUAUUCAUUGGUUUAACUUUUCACUCUCUUGAAAAAUUGACAGUUGGUUGAAAACUGAAUGCAUACUUAUUUUGUGUGUUUUGGUAAUUUUUUAAAGGUUUUGUUUUGUAGGGAAUAGGGGGCUGGAUGAAACAUGUUUUGCUCACCUAAGUAAAACAGUUCAGAUAUAACCUCUUACUAACCAAGCAAAAGGGCUGUACUGAGGAAUAUUGACCUGAGGCUGUGUGCUCAGUCUGUACAAAAACGAUCAAAAGCCAAUAUUGCCCAAUGCAGCUUAAGCAAGCUGGGUUAGUACUGUUAAUAGUUUAUUAUGUGGCACUUGCACCAUGCUUGUUUUAACUGCAAAUUUUGAAUUUGCCAGCUUCUGUAACAUACAGGAUAUUAUCUUCUUGGUAACUGCAUGAAGUAGUGUUUGCUAACUUAUUAAAGGCAAAAUACAGGUCAAAAAAGGAACUUAGAUGUAUUUUUCAUUUUGUAUAGAAUUGUUUUCCCUAGACAGUAUGUUUGCCCAAAGAUAUGUGAUCAUGAAAAAAGCUGAAAAAAAUUAUUAGUGAAAUACUUAAGUGAAGUGAUAUAGUUACUUGUAUUUUCAUAACAUGAGCAGAUUAUUUGUGUAGAAAGUUUAAGAUUUGUAGUGUGUUGUACGUUUUUUUAGUUGUAAAUAACUACAAAUUUCAUAACUUUUGACUUUUGAUAAUACAAGGGAAAGAACUUACACUGAUGACUGAGUUAAAUUUUCUAUUAAUUUAAGUCUUGAUGUACCAGAUGCAUGUUCCACUUAAGUGCUACACAGUGUGCAAUGUGACAGUGAGUGUCCAUUUGCAAAAAGUACCAUCCUUGAAGUUGUAAACAUGUUAUAGGAAAUAGGACUGAAUUCUGCACUGCAAAUGACUGUUAAAUACCUAGCAUAUAGUUAUUGUGUUAUACGACUAUUCCAGUGCAACUGUACGACACCCAAGGAUUUUUUUCUUCUUGAUAUUAAUUGCCAUCGAGUGAACUCCUUUAUUAUCAUACUCACAAUAUCAAUUAUUUAAUUACUUUUUUGCCCAUACUACGUGAUCAACGUUUUUGUGAUUUGUGAAUAACAUCUGGCACAGACAGACCCACUAUGCGACUUGAGUGCAAAGAUUGUGUCGUCAGCUGAGUUUUUUUGCCUUGUUUUCAAUAUGUAAAUAAGAUUAUUUUCUGCAAUUUGUUUUGUAUGUAAGCAUGAUAAUUUGCUAUAGUUUAUAAAACUGCUGGAUCAGUGAUUGAUCCAUGUCAUGCAGAUUUCUGUAAACUUUAAGUAGUCAUAUUUAGAGAUAUUUAAUGUUCUAUGUAAUUUGAAGAAAAUUUAAACAGAUGUAUUUAAAAAUUACUACGUUUGCUAUUUUUCUCAAAAAUUGUGCUUUAAGAUUUAGCUUUCUUUACUGCGUAAUAAGGUGUAAAGACGUUUCUUAAAAUUAUUAAAUCAUUUCAGUAAAUACUACAUUUUUAAAGAAAUUUAUUUUCUCUAGUAAAAUAAAAGGAAGUAAGACUCA